UCAGGCGGGCUACUCCAGAGGGAAUGGACGGCUAUGCUUCUAUAUAAAGGGAGAGAAUGACCACACCAUCAACACUUCCUCGCCAGAAGCCACAACGAACAAAAUGAAGGUCCUCGCCGUGGUUCUGUGCCUCGCCGCCGCCGCCUCUGCCCGCAUGGCCUACCGCUUCGCAGACGGGUACCUGGACAUCCUUGGCGCUGAACCCGUGCAAAACUUCGAGUGCACUGGACGCUCCUACGGCUACUACGCUGAUGUGGCCACAGACUGCCGCAUCUUCCACGUGUGUCUGCCCAUCACGGACGAGGAGGGCGCUGUUGCUGAGACUGCCCACUUCUCCUUCGUAUGCGGCAACCAGACAGUGUUCAGCCAGGAGUCCCUCACGUGUGUCCAGGAUACCGAGGGUGUGCCCUGCGCUGAAGCUGAGAGUCUCUUCGAGGUGUCCAAUGCUCAGUUCGGUAUCGUGGACAACGUGGAGGUGUAAACAUGAUGACACGACACACUACGCUCAUACAGUCGGUGAAUGACAAGCACGCUGGACUUCCUCUUUUUCCAUGCAAGAGUGGAAGCCAGCCAAGGGCAACAAAAAGUAAGAAAAGUGCCAUUUGAUCACUAGUUCCCUUAUAGAUUCUCUCUCCUCUGUGGCUCAUGCUCUCUCUCACUGCUAAGUCUGACCUGCUGACAGUCUAGUAAAGCCUGAUAACUUAUUGACUGUUAGCACGUCAGGGGGUCCACGAAAUAAGGAGAACCUGAUAGUAGUUGACUGUCAGUGGGUCAGGGAACUUAAUAUUGAGGGAGACGCGGGACACAGUCAAGAUUAAAUUGAUUCUGUUUAAUGGUAAUGAUAGUUGAUUUUUGCCCGUCACUGUACUGUAUUGUUCGACCCUCGACUCCUCACUCGCUCACACACAGACGCCGAAUCCAAAAUCCAACGCUUCUUUAUAUAUUAUUCUUUGAUCUUAAUAAAUCGUUCAUAGCAA